AUUAAUGACGUUAAUCAUUCCAGACUUUAUUUGCUAUCUAUUCAAGUUUCGAAUAUAGACUACGUAGUACCGACUUAACUUCUGUGCAAAAUAUUCGAAAUUCGCAUGAGUUAAAGUGAAUUUGUGGUUUUUAAAACAAACAAAAUGACAGUGGUGCCAAGAAUAAAAUGGGUUCUUUUGGGGUUCAUUCUUGUAUUAUUAUUUGAAACAUCGAUUGCAUUGAAUAUCGCUGUUAUUGGUGCCGGUGCGUCGGGUCUUGCAAGUGCAAAGAAUGCUCUCGAACAGGGCCACAAAGUGGUCAUUUUUGAAAAAGGACCAAGACUUGGUGGAAUUUGGUGGUACACAAACAGAGUUGGGAAAGACGAAUACGGUGUUGAAAUUCAUACUCCAAUGUAUCAAGGACUCAGAACGAAUACACCAUGCGAAACCAUGGAAUUUCCAGGCAUUCAAUUCUCAAAUCGCACAACAAAAUAUCCAACAUCUGACGUUGUAUGGAAUUAUUUGAAUUCAUACGCCAAAAAGUUUAAUGUGACGAAACACAUAAAAUACCAUCAUUUGGUUGAGAAAGUACACCCAAUCAAAAAUAAAAGGUGGAAAAUCACUGUGAAAGACUUGCCGAAUAAACGCACCAACACGAAUACGUAUGAUGCCGUCUUUGUUUGCACGGGUGUAUGUUCUUCGCCACGUUUUCCCAACUACAACGGAACAUUCAACGGAUAUACUUUACAUAGCCAUGAUUAUCGUAGUCCUGAACAUUUUGAAGGAAAAGAUGUUCUAGUUGUCGGUGAUGGUGUAAGUGGAACAGAUAUAGCCAACAAAUUAUUGACAACAGCAAGAACUGUGACGCUCAGCGCUCGUGGACGUCUUCCAUUAGAUAAUAAUAGCAUGGAAUGGUCUGAUGACGAAGAAGAUGGGGAUGAAAUCAUAAGAAAAUGCGAUGUAAAAUGUCUGACAGCUGAUGGAGCCGAAUUUGUUGACGGAACCCAUUGUAAUUUCUCGGUGAUUAUUUACGCAACAGGCUAUUUAUAUGCAUAUCCAUUUUUGAAUGAAAGUUCUAGCAUUCACACAGAAAACAACUAUGUGCGACCACUUUAUAAGCAAAUUAUAAAUAUCGAACAUCCGACGAUGGCUUUUAUUGGUAUACCUUCCGGGGGUAUGCAUAAUGUAAUGGUUGAUUUGCAGGCACGAUUUGCUUUGAAAUUCCUUUCUGGCGACAAGAAAUUGCCGACAAAAGAUGAAAUGACAAUGGACACCUGGACACAAAUUCAAAAUCGAAUGACCGAAAACUAUCCAUUAAAUAGAUUUCAUGCAUUGAAAAUGGGUCGGGAUGAAUAUUACACUGACCUUGCAGACACAGCAGAUAUUCAACAUAUUCCAGAAUCAGUUUUCUCAUACACAUGGUGAGAAAAACUGUCCCGAAAAACAAUUAGUUAAAAUGCGGAGAUGUGCGGAGCUGUACACAACACAAUAGUACACCUUCAGUUGUAUGCACUCAUUUGAUUAUUAUGCGUUCCAUAAAACUGUUCACGUAUAAAUAAAUACAGCUUCGCACAUCUCCACAUUUUGGGAGUCCGUUAGCAUAGUGAUACUAUGAAAGAAGGAUAAUAAUAUAAAAAGAAAUUAAAAAAAUGGA